CUUCCUUCCGAUAGGAGACCCAAGACUCCCACUGGGAGACUUUACUGGACACUCUAGGGGCCAACGCCUACAGAAAGGAAGCUGGCGCUUUCUUGGAAGAAAAGUGGGUCGGGUCCUGCUGAAGAGCAAACCCGACACCAUAAGGGCUACAUUCCGGAACUGGUUGUAAAGAGACCUAGUUUAUGGAGCUUCCCGGGCUCAAUUAGAAGUUGUACAGUCUGGUUACCCCAGUAACAGGCGUCGCGGUUUGUCUAGGACCCGAGAGAAGAGGCUUCAGAGGCCUAUUUUACUAUCAAUCAUGAAGACAUCCUCAUCCUCAAAACGUCUACUCACCCAGCUUACUCAGUUCUGGACCCUCCUAGAUGAUCUGGCUGAAAAUAACCCCGAGAGCUAUAAAAACUUUAUUCAACAAGAACUGAAUGAGGGAAAACAGCUCUAUGCUGGCCCAGAACCACAGUUCUGUAUACAGACCAGGAUCCUGAAACCAAAAGAAAAAAUGCUUUUUAUCAACCUUUGUCAGUGGAAAAGGAUACCUGCUCCCGAAUCAAUCACUCAUCCAGUACCUCUAAGUGUUGGCAGACCAGAAGAUAUCUCCGAGACAUCAGAUACUUACACAGUCAUCGAUGUUGCCUACAAUCCUGAUAUUCUCCAGGCAGCAGAAAAGGACCAAGUGAAAAAAGAUCAGUUAAUAAAGAUGACUAUGAAAUGUGUUGAAGAACAACUCCAAUUCACUCUCUCACACUCUUACCAUAUUACCAAAUUUAGAAUAAAAGGAAGCAUUCAAAGAACAAAACAAAAUCUAAUGGGAAUGCAGGCUGAAUUCACAGAGAGAAUGAGAAAGGAACAUAGUCUUGGACAGAUAAGAAGCAGUACUGUGAGCAAUCCAGAUCACUUUCCUCAGCUGUUACUGCCCAAAGACCAAGUUUCACGCAAAGCGGGACGUUUGAUAGAAGAGAUAUCUAGUACUGAAAUACAGGUGGAAAUGAAGAUACCAGUCUAUGAAUUAAAAAUAGUGAAGGAUCAUAAUGAGAAACCUCUGAAAAUUGAAUUGAAAGUUGAAUUACCUGGUAUUAAUUCAGUUUCUCUCUGUGAUCUUAGUGUUUCUGAGGAUGAUUUACUGAUUGAGGUCUCUGAGAAGUAUAGAUUGCAUCUGAAUCUUCCAGAAUCUGUUAAUACUGAAAUGACUACUGCAAAAUUUAUCAAAGAGAAAUCUACAUUAAUGAUCAUGAUGCCACUGGUUUAAAACAGCAGCACUGUUUUGGGAUUUUAGUGCUACAGGUCAUGUGAAUUACAGGUAAAGAGGUAGUGGUUUAUCUUAAAAAUUAAUUACAUAUUUUCUAAGAGGUCCCUUUGAUGGAAUGACAUUUUCCCUUCAGUUGUUUUAUCUAUUUUUAACUCACUUUUUCUUCUCAAAUAAACUUGUCAUCAACCCAGAACUAUUAAAAACAGUAAAGCCUUGAGGUACUUACUUUAAAAAUAAUUGUGUUGACUUCAAUAACUUAACUAUUACUUGGGAAAAUUUUCAUUGUCUCCAAGUAACAUAUAGGACUCUUGGCUUACCGUUUGAAAAAUCUUUUGAAAUCUCUAGUAAAGUUUUACAUAAGGAAAAACUACCAGACUAUGCAAAGGUUUUUAAUACCAAGAUAGGCUGUAGUUAAGUUUGCUUCAGCAAUAAAGAUACAGGGCCAAAUAUAAUAAUACUCAAAUCUAUCUAUGAACUUAUGUGCUUCAAUUAAAUAGCUCUGCCAGGUGUUCAUGCCAUCCAGUCAGUUCCUUUAACAUCAAAUAUGGACUUGUCCAUGGAUGGAUACAGUGAUGCAGUAAUGAUGUUAUUGCACAUCAUAAGCAAAACAGAUCCAUCUCUAAUUUGAGGGAAAAAGUUGAUUUUAGGAAAAGUACCUUUGUCCUAUAGAAAUGAAGUAAUAUAUUUUCAACUUCCAUUCGUCAGAUACUACUAAUUUAGCAAUAUGCAUAUCAAAUUUUAAACAUCCCUUAAUCUUUUCUAGAUAAAAUGAGUAAUUAUUAAUUAUUAGUGUAUAUUUUAGCAUAAGGCUUACAAAGCCUAUAAAUUUUAAAAACUUUUAACUUUAGAAACUAAUGUUGUAUGAAUAAUAGAAAUUAUUUAUGUGUGAUGUUAAGCAAAUAUAAUUUUCUUAAACCUGGCCUGGAUUUGAAUUCAAUUAGCAAUAUAAAAAUUUAUCUCUGAAAAGUUUGAGUGUCAUGAUACCCUAAAAUUAACAAACCUAUUAAACUAUCAAAACAAUUGGAAUGCCUUCACCAUAUCUUUUCUUCUACAGAAACACAGCCAAAAUAUAUUUUCUAGAAAAUCCUCCUAACCACACAGGACUGACUGAAUCUCUCCUUUUGCACUGAGUACAUAGGUGCUUGUGGCAUUACUGUAUCUGUGUAUUCAUUAAUAAAAUGCAUAUCAACAUCUAAUAUAUUCAAUAACAAUGUUAAAUUUACGUUCGUGGUAUUUUCUAAAAUAUCACUUAUAUCUUAAUGGAUUUAAUAUUAAGAAAAACACAUUUGCCUCCUCCUUCCUAUAAAAAGCACUGUGUUCCCAGAAGGGGCAUUAAUAAUAAAAUGUAGACUGAUUUAAAUUUGAACCUUAUUAAGAUUUCUUCUAGAAUGAAAUUAUAGCUAAGUGAAAUAAGCCAAUCCCAAAAAAAACCAAAGGCCAAAUGUUCUGCGAUAUGU